CUGAAAAACGAAAACCCUAGCGACAACUCACCUGACGACGACGAAGGAAAUGCCGAGCACUCUGUUCAUCGCUCUCCAGUGCUGCCAAUGUUCCACCAUGCAGGUGAAGCAGCAGAAGAAAAGCAGCAACAAAUGGGUGUGCGUGAUCUGCAAUCAGAAGCAAUCGGUACGAAAGAUAUUUGCACAGGGAUACAAGGCCAAGGAGCUUCGGUUCUUCGUCCAGUCCUUCAAUAUGUCCCGCAAAUCCCUCGAAGAGGAAGACACUGCCGCAGGAGGUACGCUCUCGGAGAUUCAUGUAGACUGGAAAAAGAGGCGCACUGAUUGGACUGAGUACCUUGACCUUGAUCCACCUAAUCGUUGCCGAAGAUCACCUGAAGAUGGGGAGGCCAAAGAAGGAAUGGAUGCGGAGAUUGUCACCGAGAUGCCAAAGGACAUGUUCAAGAAACCUAGGUUGAAUACAUAUUCGAGUGGUGGUGGAGGAUCCUCAAUGGACGCAGAAGAUGGUAAUGAACCUUACAACCCAAUCUUCUCCAGAAAAAGCAUCAUCGAGCAAAGACAAUGCUCAGGGAAAGCAUCAAAGAGGGAGCAUGAAUUGAAACAGAGAAAUCUAGUUCGAGGAGGAGUUGCAAAUUCGGCUUCAAAAUGGAACGCAUACCUGACUCAAGGAGAAGAAGAAAGAGCACCACCAGGGCUUGGCCGGAGAGAAGGCUUGGAUCAUGAUGAUGCCCGAGAAUGGAGCAGAGUAAUUCUGGGGAUAAGCAUGGGUGACCAAACAGUAGAUGACGAGGUGCAUCCAGAUUUCAAGUGAAUAAAUCGAGCUCACGGUUUGCUCUUCAAAGCUAGUGAGGUCGUAAAGCUUCAAGAUAAAUGAGGGGUUCGGAGUUCCCCAAAAAAUAAAUAAACAUGAGAAACCAAAGUUAUAUUACAAAUUUCAAAACAUAGUUUACAUGUACAUCUGCUGCUUCUGAAGAUGCGGCUUAGUUCCCACUUUCCAUAUAUGUAUAUAUAUAUAAGGUUACAGUGGUUGCAAUUUUGGAUGAUUUCAGUAUGUUUCUGAUGAAAAAAAAGGUUACAAUGAUCUUGUAGUAACACAAACAAGUAGAAUAGCAAUGAAGGGAAACUAUAGAUGGUAGGGAUGGAUAAAGGGAGUUGCAACAAAUCAUGAGAUCUUGCAUCCAUAAUUAAGUGAUCAACGUAUCUAUGUUUGUGGUCCGCUCA